AUGCUUGCUUGUCUACAUCCAGUAAUUGAAUUCUCUGUAUGUGUGGCUCCACGAUGGGAUUGCGCUUCAGAGUGUCGUAUCUGCCUCAUUUUUUCUGAUGGACAUCGUUGGGAAUGUGAACGGCAAUUUCCACAAUGGAACGAUAAAAAGUGGCACCAGUUGACUUACCAUUACAGGCAAUAUACUCGAUUUCCUACAUCGGUAACUGUACAAUUAUCUGGCAAAGAUAGACAGGGUUGGGCAGGAUACUAUGGUACGAAGUUUGCUCAGACUCGACUUCGAUUACUCUCUCAUACAGAUGAAGGCGAGACGACUAAUCAAGAAAAUGAAACAAUCAUGGAAGAAAAAAUCGAAGACGAACUUAGUCAAGCUCCACAAUCUGAAUCUAUGCCCGACAACUUACCUGUAGAUGAUGGUGAUGAUUUUGUUCGGCAAAGCACAUCACCAUCAUACUCGUCAUAUGGCAGCACCGAUCAACCUCAUCGUGUUGUACGUGCAUGGAACGGUCUUAGUAAUAACAUAGCAGCAUUAGAACAUUAUGAAAAAGCAUUUCGGGUAAACUUAACAUAUUUAUCACCAGAUCAUUGUAGUGUUGCUUACAUAUACGAUAAUAUUGAUGAUUAUUACUGA